AUGUCCCAGGCGGUGGCGGAUGUCCCCCAGCCUCCGGAAUCCUCACAGUCACUGGCAGUGCCGACGUCCGAAAGUGCUCGACAGAAGCGCAAAAUUGCUGCCCUCGAAGAAAAGUUGCAGGUACUGGAACAGGGACAUGCGGUCAAAAUAAGGGAGAUAAACUACUACAUGUCAACAGGACGAGCGAUCAGACGCAUAGUAUCGUUAUUUGAUACUAUCGAAGACAUGAUAUGUGAGAAUGAUAGGAGGUGCGGCUUAAACGACGAGGACGACAAUGUGACUCUCGACCAGGAGCGUUUGCAACGCGGUUACAUUGCCCUUAAUCACGCCCUCCCGUGGUUUCACUCACAGGCUUCAGAUAUGGAGAACGACGAUUGUGUGCAAAUGCUAAAGAAGCUUAGGCAAGGGGCCGAUGCUGCUCGAGGGGAUGAUACCUCGAAACUCAAGAGCCUCAUCGCUGAUUGGGUCAAUCGGGAAUUUAAGCCUGAUCCCCCAGUUGACCCCGAGGAUAAACAUUGUCGUGGUUUCGUUAACGAUGGGUGCGGCAAAUUACUCUGCCCGACCGAGCUAGACUGGAAUAAUCCAACUGUCAGAGCAGGAAUUAGGGAUCGUGCGGACGGCUAUGUCGUGACGGAAAUGUCCUGGCCCUUGUUCCUAUAUUCAAAAUACUCGGCCGAUCAGGACAAUUUGGAGGACGGCCUCUUCAAAAGCACUCUUUUGCUUCAGGCUUUCAAAGCCAUAUUCACGUCCCCCUCCUCUGCAAAGGAGGUUGGAGGUGACGGUGAUGGUACUAAUGUAAUCGAAAACAACCGACGCGCUAUGAAGGAUCUCAAUUCGGGCAGGAAAGUCAAGACACACCUGCGAUUUGCGCUGUCGUCUGUGACGUCAUGGCGCUCAGUUGAUGGCGACUUCGAUUAUAUCCCUUUCUGGCAAAACAUUGUCGACUUCUUCGAACGACCCCCUGGUCGUGUAGCGCAGCGAAAAGUUGACCAACUCUUGGCGUGGUGGACAAGGAAAGUAUUCGGAACAAGCCGCCGUGCAGAACUUACUGACGGGGCAAAGGCCAAGAUGUCGGUAAACGCGCUCGCAAUGCAGAGAGCGCGACUGGAUGAUGCCUUAUUCGAUUCAGACUAG